GAGACACACAGAAAGGGGCUGGAUUAAGAGACAUACUUACCUGAGGGGGGCUAACUGAAAUCUGCAGAUUACCUCUUGGAUCCUGCUUCAUAAGUGCAAACCCAAGCUUUGGGUGCGUGUGUGUGUGUGUGUUAGUAUGAGUAUUCUGCAAGGAUUAUUCUGUUUUUGGAUUCAGUCGUGAGCGUGAGAGGCGGCCACAUGGGGUCCGGGCCCCGGCCGGGAUGCCAGCUGCAGCAGUGAAGCCUUCGGAGGACAGGGUUGCAGAGGGAGGGGGGCCCCAGUGGGGACCCUCCGGGCUGAACCAUGAGCGUCCGCCUCUGCCCGCCCUGAAAGUCCCCGGAGAGCUGCUGCGGAGCUUCCCUCACUCCAAACGAGUGGGAUCUUACCUUGUUGGGAAGAUGAUCAACAAGGGCUCGUUCGCCAAAGUGAUGGAAGGCCUGCACAUCGGCACGGGGGAGAAGGUUGCCAUCAAAGUGAUAGACAAGAAGAAAGCACGCCAAGACUCUUAUGUGCUAAAAAACAUGAAGAGGGAACCUCGAAUUCAUCAGAUGGUUCGCCAUCCUCACGUUGUAGUUCUUCUGGAGACUCUGGAGACGGAGAACAGCUACUACAUGGUGAUGGAGCUGUGUGCGGGAGGAGACCUGAUGGACAGGAUCUGCGAGAGGAAGAGGCUCGAGGAGAAGGAGGUGCGGCGAUACACCCGACAGAUCCUCUCUGCAGUGGGACACCUGCACAAACACGGCGUCGUCCACAGAGAUUUAAAGAUUGAAAACUUCCUCCUGGAUGAACACAACAACAUAAAGAUCGUAGACUUUGGCCUCAGCAACGCGCUGAGGGCUGACUCUCUAUCUCUGGAGCUGCUCAGCACCCAGUGCGGAAGUCCGGCCUACGCCGCCCCUGAGCUGCUGGCUCACAGGAAGUACGGCCCCAAAGUGGACGUCUGGUCCAUCGGUGUGAGCAUGUUCGCCAUGCUGACAGGGACGCUACCUUUCACUGUGGAGCCUUUCAAUAUCAAACAGCUGCACCAGAAGAUGGUGAACAGAGAGAUCAGCAGCAUCCCCAGCGACAUCAGCAAAGGUGCAGCAUCUUUUAUGAAGUCUCUGUUGGAGCCGGAUCCAGAUAAGAGACCCAGCGUCAGAGUGGCGAUGGAGGAGAGGUGGAUAAACGAGGGAUACGCCAAGAAGCCCCUGCACACACUCUCUCAUGAAAACAGGUUGUGUCCGGAGGAUCUCAACUCAUCUGUGCUGGCGUCCAUGACAGAGACGCUGGGCUACUCCCUCCCUGAAAUCACGCACACGCUCACCACCAACAGGCCCUCGGCCAUCAUGGCCUCCUACCACCUGCUGCUCGGCAAACUCAACAGGCGCCAGAAGGCAGCCAAGGCUGGCAAGAAGUUGGAGGAGAACGACUGGAGUCUUCCAAGCGCGUGGAAAGACUCAACAAAAACUCAACACCAGAGGGAACCGACCAAUGAGAAAAGCCUGAAGCAGUUCAGCAGACCUCUGCGGGUCCAGCAGAACAGUGACUGUCAGAACAGGAGGAGGAACGUGGAGCUGCUCAGGAAGGACCACAGAGAAGACGAUGAGAACCGUCCUCCAUCUCCUUCUCUGCCUCAGCUUCCUCACUCCGCUUCCCCCACUGUUCCCCAACGCCCUCCCUCCCCCUCCCCUGCACCUCCGUCUGGAGGGGACGGGGGGAAUCAGGAGCUUGCCAUCACCCUGGACACAAAAGACCCGCUGUUUCCUGAAGUGUUUGGAGACAGAGAACUCGUCCAUCUUUCCCCUCCUAAAAGCCCUGCAUCAAAGCUUUGCGACUCUGCCCCUUGCCAAGUCCCGUCAUCCACCGAGCCGAUCCGAGAAAGCGGCCCGUCCAGGCCGAUCCGCCACGCUCACCUGCUCAGGACGACCCAGUCGGACGGCUCCGCGGACCCCGGCUCGGACUUCUUCCGCGACAAAUGCCACCAAGACGGCUCUCAUCACUUGAGCAUCAACGAGCGUCUGGAGAAGCUGCAGAUGUUUUACUCCUCGGAGAAGAGCGGCAUCUCUCCCAGAAUGCCCCUGGGAGCUGAGGUGCAUGCCGCGCACUCCUCGGACAGAGGUCACACGGGGACCAUGGAGGCAGCACAGACGUCGCCGUCUGCUCCCCUCCCUCGCUUGCGACACGUAGGCCUGAAACACGGGCGGGAGAGGAAAAUGACCUGGGUUGGGCUGAGCCAGCCCGGGCCACCGAGACUCCUCGUGAACGGGUGCAGACCUCCAGCGUUCCCCUCACAGAAGCAACAUACUUUGACCAUCAAGAGCCUCGGGCAGGAGAAAGGGAAGAGAAAGGAUCUGCCUGCAGCGGGAGGAGGCGAGAGAGCAGGAGAAGGGAUGAGUGUAGCCAAGAGGAACUCUGUCCAGUUAGGUUCGUCUUUACAGGGCCGGGUGGCAGACCUGAACCUGCCCCUUCUUCCUGCAGCCCUGCCGGGGAAACCUGACCGAAAGAAUCAGGUGCACGGUAUGGACUACUGACACAAAGAUGGGAGGGCGGAGAGCAGGAAAAGGUGUGUGAAAAGUAACACGGAGGUUAGGGACACA